AUGGCCUCCAUCAGUGAUGGCAGUACGGACGCCCUGCUCGCCAGGUUCAAGCUGCUGGAGGAGACGGUGGACAAGCUGCACCGGGAGAACCGGAGCCUGACCGCCAAGCUGAAGAGUUACAACAUGCUGAGCACCUUCUACCACGAGGCCCGGCAACAGAACAAGAACCUCAACCGGCUGCUGGCCGACAAGGAGGCCCUGAUCCUGAAGAUGAGGGAUGGACAGCACAGCGCCUGCGCCGGACUGCCGGACCAACAACUGCAGCCCUCCAAGUCCCUGGUGGACGGCCUGGUGGGACAGCUGAGCAGUAUGAAGGACCGGCUGAGAGAGACAGAGAGGCUCUGCCAGGAGAAAGUAGAGGCCCUCAAUCAGGAAAUCCAGAAGCUCCACCAGCAGCUAGAGGAGAGAGACCAGCAGAUGCAGAAGAUGUCCAGUUGGCCGUCACAUGAGAAGGAGAUGGAAAUCUUCCGUCUGCAUCGGUCUUUGGCGGAGAAGGAGAAAGUUCAGGCUACUAGUGAGGUCCUGUGCCGGUCUCUGUCUGAUGAAACCAACCAACUGCGGCGUAAGCUGGCUGCCACAGCAGAAAUGUGCCAACAACUUGUUACAUGCCUAGAAGAGGCCCAUCGGAAAAAAGGUGCACCAUCACAAGAGCAGCAGGUACGUUCUGGUGUUGUUAAUAAGGACGGUGAGAAUGAAGCAAUCCUGGGCAAGUUACAGGAAGAAAACCGUUUAUUAAAACAGAAAGUAAUACAUGUAGAAGACUUAAAUGCUAAGUGGCAAAAGUAUGACGCCAGCAGGGAGGAGUACGUCAAGGGUCUCCACCAACAACUGAAGGAGAUGAAGAUGCAGAGACACCCAGACCUCUUACAGAAGGAGAUCUCCAGACUCAACAAACUUCUAGAAGAAAAGAUGAGCGAGAACACCAAACUGCAGCAAGAAGCUUCUGAGAUGGCCAGUGCCAGGAUCGCUGACCGGGAGAGGAUACAGAUGCUGGAGCAGCAGUUGUUAGUCUACAAAGAUGAUUUCACAUCAGAGAGGGCAGAUCGGGAGAGAGCUCAAAGCCGCAUUCUGGAACUGGUCGAAGAGAUUUCAUGUUUACAGAAAAAGGCAAGGAGACAGGUUGACAAAGAUGUUGCUACGCAGAUCCAAAUUCACACCGGUAACCGGAACAAAACGUAUAUUCAGAAAAAAUCGACUGAUCCUCUGCGUGGCCUUGCCGCCGAGCAUUCUGAAAACCGAAGACAGCUUUCCCCUGCAGACCCCACAGAACGACAGAGGAGCCCCAGCUCCGAACAUAGAGCACAGGAUGAGCUACAGUGUCCCCGCUGCCUACAGGUCUUUCAUGACAGACUAGGGGAGAACUUUCUAGAACACAUCUCUGAAUGCUGCCAGUAA